AUGGGAAUCCACAAGAGGAAAUUCCCAUCUCAGAAGUUUGAGGACGAUAAGGUUAUUGUUCCAAAAGAAUCAUCUUGGUUCGGGUUUUACGGGGAUAAUGCAACUGCAGAGGAACCUGUUCUCCCUGCUAGCCAAACACAGCUCUAUACAGAGGACUGGAUCGGUCUGAAAACGUUGGAUUAUGCUGGAAAAGUGCAGUUUGUGAGUGUGCCUGGAACCCGGUGA